AUGAUUUUGGCAAAGAUUAUAAGAAAAAAAGCGUUGGAAGUAAAAGGCCGGUUCAAAGAGAACAGUGUGGACAACCUAAUAUGGCUCGUGAACUUUGUUCCGUCUCUCGCUGGGUUCUCCUUGUAUAAGGAGAAGGUAUCUUUGUUGGAUACCCCAUACUGGAUUAUCCACAUAUUCCUCCUCAUCUACGUGUAUGGUGUCGGGAACCUGGAAUACCAAAUUUAUCACGCCCAAGGCGCAGGAGAAUUCAUAAAGAGUUAUGUGAACAUCUCUCUUCUUAUCUUCAUCGCUAAUAGUACCUAUUGGUUCUUGAACCAUCGGCCAAUAUUGUAUUCAGUGUUAAAGAAGAUAAAGUUGAACGACGAGUGGGCCCAAACCUCGCCGGCGUGUAGAAAGAAGCACAAUAAACUUAUGGGUAAUAUUAAGAUCAUCUUAAUGAUCUUCUACGGCUGCAACUACCUGAACGCUUCCUUCAUCUACCUGCCGCAUCGGGUUGAUGUCAACAACGAGUUUUCUAUGACCCCUUGUGUUGGUUUGGAGCCUUUAUCAGAGUCACCUAACCGCGAGGUUUGCCUAACGAUUCUAUGUUUUCAAGAGCUGUCCAUCAUGACUGUAGUAUUAAACUUCCAAGCGCUGCUCUGCUUUCUGAUCGACCACACCGCUGCCAUGUACCUGAUUAUGUCUGAGGAAAUGCUAGCAUUAAAUUCUCCAGACGUAGACAACGAAUAUGUGAAGAAGAAACUUCCUUCUAUUAUUAAACGUCAUGUCCUGACGCUGGAAACCGUUGAUAGUCUGAAGCGUCUCUAUAGUGUACCUAUAGGCAUCAAUUUUGGGUCAAAUGCUGUGUGCAUUUCCUUAUUCUUCUAUCUGCCACUUGAGCAAUGGCUAGGAUUCAUACCGAUUCUAGUGUAUUGCUUCCUGGUCUUCUUUCUGUAUUGUUUCCUCUGCCAAAGGUUGAUCAAUGCUGCAGAGGUGUUUGAAAACUCUAUUUACGCCUGUGGCUGGGAAUCGUUUGCUGUACAAGAACGGAAGGCAGUCUACGUAAUGCUGCUGCUGUCUCAGAAGAAAGUGGAGAUUCUAGCAGCUGACAUAGUGCCAGUGAAUAUUUACACUUUCGCCACAACACUACAGGCGAUGUUUAAAUUCGUAACCGUAGUGAAAUUCUAA